AGGCAACCAGGGAGAGAGAGAGAGACAAGCAAGCCGGGAGGACGGCAGCAUGCUGGUUCAGAGAAGCCAGAGAAGAGAAUCAAGAUACAAGCGGGGAUAGGAUACAAUAGUCUAUGUUGUGCGUGUUAAAGUACGGUUGUAAAAUGUAUCUCGUCUCAGUGCGGUUCAUAUUCUAGUCUUUUAUGUUAAAUGUCAAAGCAUCUUUUCGUAUUCGCAUGUAACCGAAUGAGGAAACCGCUCUUUUUUUGCGUUUCCUCCUUUCUUGACUCGCCCGUAGUUUCCAUCUCUCGCACUCAAAGGAAGACAAAGUAGGCUGUUUAACACGCAUUAUGGUCGCCGGUGAGCUCGUGCAGGAGCAUCUGCGCGUGGAUCCUGGCGCACCUGACGACAUCACGGUGGUCAGGAAGAACUCCGACCCGGACGGUGCAGCGGUACGAUGUGCGGAGUCCACAUACGGAGCCGCGCCGACUUGCGGGUCUGGGCUGACAGAGACAGACCGGGCGCUGGAGCAGGAGAAGGAGGUGCCUCCGGAUGAAAGAGAGGCGAUGCUGCCGAACGGAGGAGGAGGAGAGGCGGAGGAGGAGGAAGGGAAGAAGCUGGAGACGAAACUGUAUCUGCGCCGGUUCGCCGUGCUCGCGGUUUUCAGCCUGUACUCUUUGGUGAACGCCUUCCAGUGGAUCCAGUACAGCAUCAUCACCAACGUGUUCACUCAGUACUACGGGGUGACUAACGACAAGGUGGACUGGCUCUCCAUCGUCUACAUGGUCGUCUACGUGCCGCUCAUAUUCCCGGCCACUUGGCUGCUGGACUGGAAAGGUCUGCGGCUCACGGCCCUGCUAGGCGCCGGCCUCAACUGCGUCGGCGCUUGGCUCAAGUGCGCCAGCGUGAGCCCCGAGCGGUUUGGCGUCACCGUCACCGCGCAAGUCAUCUGCUCCGUGGCGCAGGUGUUCAUCCUCGGCCUGCCGUCCCGCAUCGCCUCGGUGUGGUUCGGACCGCGGGAGGUUUCUACUGCGUGCGCCACAGCCGUGCUCGGGAACCAGUUGGGAGUAGCCAUAGGCUUCCUGUUGCCUCCAGUUUUGGUUCCCAACACACCUGAGGACGUUAAACUGACUGGUCACAACAUCAGCAUCAUGUUCUACGGUACCGCCGCUGUCUCCACGUGCCUCUUCAUCCUCACAGUUAUAGUCAUAAAGGAUCGCCCUCGCCUCUCUCCCAGUCAUGCCCAGGCUGUCCUACCAGACUCUCCUCCUGAAGAUUACUCCUAUAAACAGUCCAUCAUCAACCUGAUAAAGAAUAAAGCAUUUGUCCUCCUGCUCAUCAGCUACGGUAUAAUGACCGGUUCCUUCUACUCCGUUUCAACACUUCUCAACCAGAUGAUCUUGGCCCACUAUGAGAAUCAGGAGUUGAAUGCUGGAAGAAUUGGUUUGACUCUGGUUAUCGCUGGAAUGGUCGGCUCCAUCCUCUGUGGCCUGUGGCUGGACCACACAAAGAUGUACAAGACGACGACUCUGAUCGUGUAUAUCCUGUCGUUUGUGGGCAUGGUGGUCUUCACCUUUACUCUGAACCUCAACAACAUCUACCUGGUCUUCUUCACUGCUGGAAUCCUCGGGUUUUUCAUGACGGGUUACCUGCCUCUGGGGUUUGAGUUUGGAGUGGAGAUCACUUACCCAGAGUCUGAAGGAACAUCGUCAGGACUCCUCAAUGCUUUUGCUCAGAUAUUUGGGAUAAUUUUCACUCUGAUUCAGGGCAAACUGACCACAGACCACAAUCCAUUGACUGGAAAUAUCUUCCUCUGCGUCUGGAUCUUCCUGGGAAUACUGCUCACUGCCUUUAUUAAGUCAGAACUGAAAAGACACAAUGUCAACAUGGGAGCAGAUAGCAGCCACCUGCAAGCACUUCCUUCUGAGUGUCCUGGUGACUGCACUUCAGGAAAGAAAACCAACACAGCCAAGAUGGAAACCUCGAUCAGCUUCUCCCGUGAAACCUCACUGUGACCCUGCCAAAUCACAGGAUCGCAGGAGAACUAAGAAAGUCUCCUUGCUGUCACGGGAGACGGACAUGUUGGCUAUGUGAAGUACCUGAAGGUGCACUUGAUUUUAUAUUGCCAAGCAUAAUCUCUGGCUCUGAGUGUGAGCCAAGUCUAAUCAGGCACAGCCACAAUCUACAGUGGCAGGUGGGUGACCAACAAGGCACAGCGCUCCCCCCGAGCUGCUUGACUCCUUCAGAGCUCCUCUGCAGGAGGAUCCAGGAGCCCUGUUACAGAAACUUCCUAGUCUUAGAAAAAUUUAACUAAAUCCAACAUUACUUAUCACCUUAUCUGUAUGUUACCUAAUCUCACAGCUAAACAAUUUCAUAACUGUUGCUUUUUCUCGCUGAAACAUACAAAAACAGAGCAAAAACAACAACAGGGACUUGUCUUAAAGACAAAUGAGUUAGAGCUGUUGGUAACAUCUGUAGAGAAAUCUAAAGAUGAAAUAAAGGGUGUGUGCUAU